AUGAUGCUCGGGGGAGGCAGCGGUGGCAUGGGCGCGCCGUCGAGGGUGCCGACGUGGAGGGAGCGCGAGAACAACCGCCGCCGCGAGCGCCGCCGCCGCGCCAUCGCCGCCAAGAUCUUCUCCGGCCUGCGCUCCCAGGGCAACUACACCCUCCCCAAGCACUGCGACAACAACGAGGUGCUCAAGGCGCUCGCCGACGAGGCGGGCUGGACCGUCGAGCCCGACGGCACCACCUACCGCAAGGGUUGCAAGCCUCUUCUAGCAGUGCGCACCGGACCGCCGACCCCGAGCCCGUGCUCAUCGCAGCAGGUGAGCCCGCGGGCGUCCUUCCGCUCCAGCGGCUCCUCGCACAUCACACUGGGCGGCGGCGGCGGCAGCGGCAGCGGCGGCUACUUUGGGGGCGUGGAUGGCGGCUCCCUCGUCCCGUGGCUCAAGAACCUCUCCUCCAGCCCCAGCUUCGCGUCCUCCUCCAAGUACUCCUACUUCGACGGCGGCUCCAUGAGCGCGCCGGUGGCCUCGCCGUCCGGCUCGCCGCCGCGCAUGCCCCUGCCCCAGUUCAACACCGGCUGGGGGGUGUACCCGGUCCAGGCCGUGCCGCCACGCCGGUACGACUACUCCAUGCCUAACUCCGCCAGGCCGUCAAGCCCCAGGGUCGCCCCUGACCCGAACUGGCUCUCCGGGUUCAGCAUCUCGUCGACGGGGCCUUCGUCCCCGGCCUACAACCUCAUUGCUCAUCGUCCGAACCCCUUCGGAACCGCCACCGCGCCAUCUACGAGGGUGCACACCCCGGCGCUGAGCGGGGCAUGCUCACCCGAGGCCGAGGGCGACGGCCCGAUGGGCUACAGCGCGGCGGAAGGCGCCUUCGAGUUCGGGAGCGACGAGGGGCUGCUGAACGCGUGGCAUGGGGAACGCAUCGAAGAGGAGCCCGACGAGGACGAGCUGGAGCUAAGGCUCACCCUCGGCCGCAAGAAGUACCGCGGCGCCGCCGCCGGCGCGGCAGACAACGCCUGA